AUAUACAUACAUAUAUAUAUAUAAACAGAGUGUGUAGGUACAGCAUCUACUCGUCAGAGUCGUCAGUUCAGCAUUACAGCAAACAUGGCGCGCGGAAGCAGCGCUGGUUUUGACAGGCAUAUUACUAUUUUCUCGCCGGAGGGCCGUCUCUACCAAGUAGAGUAUGCCUUCAAAGCGAUCAACCAGGGCGGACUUACUUCGGUCGCUGUCAAGGGCGUCGACACCGCCGUUUUCGCGACACAGAAGAAAGUACCCGACAAGCUUCUCGAUGCAUCCAGUGUCAGCCACGUCUUUCGAAUCACGGACAACAUUGGUUGUGUUAUGACUGGAAUGAUAGCUGAUAGCAAAUCCCAGGUUCAAAGAGCACGUUAUGAAGCCGCACACUUCAAGUACAAGUAUGGGUAUGAGAUCCCAGUUGAUACGCUGUGCAGAAGGGUAGCGGAUAUCAGUCAAGUUUACACGCAAAAUGCUGAAAUGAGACCUCUUGGCUGCUCAAUGAUACUGAUUGCUUACGAUAGCGAAAAGGGUCCUUGCAUUUACAAGGCUGAUCCAGCAGGCUAUUUCUGUGGUUACAGAGCAGUGUCCGCAGGUUCUAAGCAAACUGAAGCUAAUUCUUACCUUGAAAAGAAACUGAAGAAAAAGCAAACCUUUGAUUUUGAUGAAACUGUUCAACUUGCUAUUACUUGCUUGUCGACAGUUUUGUCUGUUGAUUUUAAACCUACAGAACUGGAAAUUGGAGUAGUCUCAAAGGAUAAUCCAAAAUUCAGAGUAUUGACGGAACAAGAAAUUGAUAAGCACCUCACUACCAUUGCAGAAAAGGAUUAAAGUAAAAUGCAUUAAAUUAACAAAAAUGUACCGCUAUGUGGAAUUUUUAUACACUUAUUAUUAGCUCCUAUAAAAUAUAUUAUUUCAUGUUGGAAAUUUAAUAAAAACAACAUUUUUGUGAAUGAA